UGUCAGGCAAGUUCGCCGAGACGAGCUUUCAUGGCAAGCUGUGCAGUGUCUCAAGUCAUGUCGCCAUGCCCAUUCUCUAAGCCUCAAGGCUUGAAAGACCCCUGCUGCCUUUCUUUUCUUGUGCAAAGAGAAUCUCUAAAGAUGUUCAUCACAAGAUUACUAAGCUUCAGACCUCGGCGCGGGCACCCAAGGAAUCUAAAACGCAACUUCGCCAGCAUAUCGAUCCUUACGCGGGUUCCCGCAACUAUAUAUCGUCUUCAGCAAGGACCACGCUCAAAUCUUGUUGUUCCUCAUCCAGAGGGCGAGGGUAUACCGAUCGACGAAGUUGAGGUAGACCGGGAUGGACUUGUCAAGACUGGAUUGUCUCUGAAAGAACCUUUGUUCAAUGGAGCGAUCUUUAUGCCCAACACUCAUCUUAUGCAGGAAUUAACCAGAGAUGCUUUCGAUGCUUAUCUGGAACAAGACGAAUCGUGCAAGCCCAUUCUUGUUCGAUUGGCCAAGGGUACCAUGGUUCCAGAGUCACUUCAACUCCUUCAACAAGACUCGCAAUUCGCGUUACAACCCAUUCCUACCCGGACAUUGGCCGAGCUGAACGAAUACCUUGAUGAAUUCUACAGUGCCUAUGCAACAAUUAUCGAUGCUGGAGACUGGUAUCAGAAGAAUGCUUUCGCCGAUGCCACUCCUGAUGAAGAGCCCCAUAUUUGGACUGAGCUCUAAGGUGACACAGAUCUACGUGCAGUUGCACGCGUCUCUUCUCGUACUGAAAGAUGCUACACUUCCACUACCAUCAUAGUACCAUGUCGUCUCUCUCCACUUACUAGUCCGUCCUGGUAGGAAACUUGACAUGCCAUUCUUUUUUAGUCAUGCGGAUGGCCUCAUUAUUCAGAAAGGAAGUAACUUCCGCAUUCAGUUCUAUCAAGGGUGAGAUUUUGCCAUGCACGCAGUUGUGAAGGUUCUUACCGUCCAAGGUCAUUUCACGACUGGCUUGUAAAGAAUAAUGUUCGCGUCGUUCGUGUAUGAGAAUAAGGUCCUCAGGGAGAGUUGUGCCUAUGGUUUGUUAAUACUUGUGCAAAAAGUAACGUCCGGUAGUAAAUGACCUUGAAGAACAUGGUAUACCAACACUUCAGGAGCCCGAAAGCUACGUACCAGGGAUUGCUGAAUUCUCGUAUUCGGUCGCAAAGAUGCACCAUUGGGCCCUGUGGUCACCCUGUAAGUAUGUAAAAACAUCUGAAAUGAAUGCGGAAGACUUAGGUACUUUGAUACCAGUCACUGGUCAUUCCCAGUGGUUGAACCUUUCCAUCGACGGUCAUAAGAUCCCAAGAAGGUGCCCCAGGCCGCAACGAUAUGUCACGCAGUCGGGUCAAUGGUCCAGCGCUCAUCCGAAACAGGUCCCGAGGGACAACUGUAUAGCGGCCGAGCAGUUUUACACCCAUUGUGAUGCACACCGCAGAAGAACAAUCGAUGUGUCUGGCUUUCGAACUUGUUGGGACAAUGUUGUAUACGAGGUGAGCGAGCCUUAAAGCGGCGCCGUCUGGGUGAGCGCGCCGGGAGCGCCGAGCAGAUCUACCAUGCCCAAGCAUCAUGAAUUCAGCAAGGCAGCAAGUACAUACGAACAAGUAAUUCGAUGCGAUCAUAUCAGCCAACUUUGUGCUUGAGAGCGUAUCAACUUCUGCUCCCUAAUGUGUGAAAUCCCUCAGACUGUUUCUCCAAUGCCAAAAUAGACGGCUUUGGGGUGGAGGAGGCCAUGACCUCGAAAUGCUGCUUGUCUUUGGCGCACAAGUAGAUGUCCUGCUUUUCGAGCACAGGAUUCCUCCCAUCGAAAUCUACUUGGGAUUAUUUUUGGUAGCGCUGAUUAUGGCCAUAACCCGUUUAACCCUUUGCAGACCGGCCUUGCAGCGGAGACAGGACAGUGCAAAUAUCUCUCUUUAAUGGUACAUAAGUUGGCAACCGAGGAAAUCCAGACAAUCGUGCUCCCUCUAUGCAAG